AAAAGAUACGACAAGAUUCGUUUGUGGGUCACGGUUGAAUGUAUCUUUGGACUAUCUUUGCAUUGGCCUCGAAGAGGUUCUUGGCGGAGUUCAAGGCUUGGUGCAUCGAGUCGAGUCUGGACUACAAGACAACCAACGUUAACCGAUGAUCGAGAGGCAUUCUAGCUCUAGCUAGACUAGCUAGACUACUAGCUAGUAGCGGUACGCCAGCUCCAGCCAGCCGCACAGCGAUACCGGUAGUAAGCAGCAGGAGGAAAACCGGCAGAGCGGCUGACUGGCUUGCAAGCAGCGCGGAGAAAAUCAUCCAGGUUCAGCUGGGUAUCUUCAACUUGGCGCGGCCACGUCGCUUCAUUGAAGGCAAUGAUCGGGCCGGGAAAGCGUUCGAUUUGAAAGGAAUUGAAUUCCAAUGCUCCGUAUCAACCCGCUCCUUUUGGAAAAGUCUCGUCCAAAGAUCACAAUCUUACUUUAAUCUACUAUUAAAUCAGACAAUCAAAAUGAAGACCGCCAUCAUCGCCUCUCUUAUUGCCUCUGCUGCUGCCUUUGCUCCUGCCAAGGAUGCUUCCCGCAGCACUGCCUUGAACAUGGCUUUCGAGGAUGAACUUGGUGCCCAGGCUCCUCUUGGAUUCUUCGAUCCCCUUGGCAUGGUUGCUGAUGGAGACCAAGAAAAGUUCGACCGCCUUCGUUAUGUUGAGAUCAAGCACGGACGUAUCUGUAUGCUUGGAGUUGUUGGAUACCUUCUCAAUGCCGCUGGAGUCUACCUUCCAGGAGACAUUGACUACUCUGGAACCAAGUUCUCCGACCUCGGAUACGGAUGGGAUGCUUCCUUCGCCGUCCCUGUUGCCGGUGCCCUUCAAGUCUUGGCCUUCGUUGGCCUUUUGGAGCUUGCUGUCAUGAAGGACAUUGAAGGAACCGGAAACGAACACGUUGGUGACUUCCGAAAUGGAGCCCUUGACUUCGGCUGGGACUCUUUCGAUGAGGAGACCAAGCUUACCAAGCGUGCUCUUGAAAUUAACCAAGGACGUGCCGCCCAAAUGGGUCUUUUGGGACUCAUGGUUCACGACAAACUUGGAAAUGUUGAGAACUUCUUCCCCAACUAAGCGUUGGAAGCCUUAAGCCUGACAGUGGCUGUUGGUUUUCUGCACGUAUAGUAAUAUUAUAGACGGAUUUAUAUUGUGC